AUGGCGCAGGAUACGUCAACAACGAAAGAUGUCGAGGCAGACGCCAGCUCCGUUCCAGCAGAGCAGCAGCCGCCCGAGAAGAUUGUCUUGGACGACGGCGAAAAGACCGAAAUCCUGGUCGGAUGGGAGAGUGCAGACGAUCCGGAGAAUCCACAGAACUGGUCCACGCCGUUCAAGUCUUGGGUGACCUUUCAGCUGGGUAUGCUGGCCUUUGGCGCCAGCUUGGCCUCGAGUAUCAUCGCACCCGCGAACCGCACCAUCGCCGAAUACGUGGGUGUCAGCGAGGACGUCGUCGUCCUGAACGUCUCGCUCUAUGUCGUCGGCUUUGCAUUCGGUCCGCUGGUUUGGGCGCCGGUCAGCGAGGUGUGGGGUCGGCGAUGGUCCAUGUUGCCGGCAGCGACUUGCUUGGUGUGCUUUUCCAUCGGCACCGCCGUCAGUAGAAACGCGCAGUCGGUAUUCAUCAACCGCUUCUUCAGCGGCUUCUUCGGCUCCGCUGCCGUCAGCAACGUCAACGCCGCCCUGGGCGACAUCUGGUCACGGGAGGCUCGUGGAACGGCCGUGUGUCUGUACGGUGUCUGUGUCGUUGGCGGUCCGACGUUAGGCCCGACCAUCGGGGCCGCCAUCCUGGUCAACCCUCACAUGGGCUGGCGAUGGACAGGAUACAUCGUGGCGCUGCUCAACGGUGUGGUCGUGGCCACGACCUACUUCUGCAUGCCCGAAAUGUAUCCGCCGGUGCUGCUCAAGCGAAAGGCGCAGAGACUGCGAAACGAGACCGGCAACGCGUUAUACUACCACCCGCAGGAACGGAUCAAGGUCGACCUCAAAUCCAUCAUCACCAAACAGCUGUCGCGACCACUGAUGAUGCUCUUCACCGAGCCCAUGGUGACCUGCAUCGCCUUUUACGCCUCGUUCGUGUAUUCCAUCCUCUACCUCACGCUGCAGGUCUUCCCCGUGGUCUUUGAAGAGCAGCGCCACUGGUCGCCCGUCGUGGCCUCAUUGCCAUUUCUCGGCAUGUUUGUCGGCAUCCUCGCCGCCACGGGCGUCAACCUCGGAAACCAGCCUCUGUACCGACGGAAAUGCCAGGCCUCCAACGGCCGACCCGUCCCUGAAGCGAGACUUCCCCCUCUGGCCAUCGGCGCCGUUCUCAUGGUCAUCGGGCUCUUCUGGUUCGGAUGGACAGCCGCACCGCGAUACCCUUGGGCGUCACCGGUCGUCGCGGCCGGGUUUAUCGGUGGCGGGUUCAAUAUCAUUUUCCAGCAAUGCAUCAACUACCUCGUCGACGUGUACGGGCUGUACGCCGCGAGCGCCACCGCGGCGAAUACCUUUCUUCGCAGCGUCCUGGCCGCAGGUCUCCCGUUGGCCGCUCGACCAAUGUACCACGCCAUGGGAGUCGGGCCGGCGACGUCGGUCCUCGGUGCCGUGGCGGCCGCGUUGCUGCCCGUGCCUUUUAUCUUUAUGAAGAUCGGCCUUGUGCUGAGGAAGAAAUCCAAGUUUGCACCCGUGCUGGAUGGUUGA